UAAAAACCACAAACCAUCCUCAACACUGACGAACCGCAGCAAAGCAAGGAAAAGCUUCUCUCGUCAAUGGAAGAAGAAACAUCAAAGCUACCGUUACCAGACGCUUUCCUUGACUUUCUACAAACAAAUGGGAUUGACCCAUUAAUUUAUACAGCCAUUGAAUCCACCCCACGUUAUAUAAGGUUGAAGCCUGGAAGUGAAGCUUAUUUGGAAGAGAUAGAAGCUGAAAUUAAGUGUAGGCUUCAGAAAUUGAAUUGGCUACCUGGGUUUUAUUCACUUCCUCCUCAUAUUCAAAUUGCUAACUCUAAGCCAUAUAAAGAAGGCAAGAUAUACGGGAUUGAUGCUGCUUCUGGGGCUGCUGUUUUGGCUUUGGAUAUUUCAGUGGGAGAUCAUGUUCUAGACCUAUGUUGUGCUCCUGGUGCUAAGCUUUGCAUGAUAUCAGACCUUCUUGGUGAUUCGGGUUCUGUAACUGGUGUUGAUGUUGCUAGGCACCGGCUAGCAGCUUGUAGAACAAUGCUACAAAAAUAUGUAUUAGGUGAUGCAUGCCGACUUUUUGUUGCUGAUGGAACAACAUUUUCCCUCAUGCCCGUGAGGGAUCAUUUGGAUUCUAUAUCAUGUGAAUUUGCAUUGGAAGAAAAGAAAGACACUUUUAGGGAGUGGACUUCUAGGAGACCGUGGAAAGAAAGGAAAAGAGCAGCCAGAGCAAGGGAAAAUGCUGCUUCGAGAUUGGUUUCAGAAACUGAUCAUCCUGAACUUAUUUUUUAUGGGAAGGCUUCUGGGGUGGUUGGGCUUAGCAAAGAUGAAUUAUAUCAAACUGUGAGUAGCAGUGAAGUUUCAAGCUCCGGCUAUGACAAGGUCCUUGUUGAUGCAGAAUGUACCCAUGAUGGAUCAAUUAGACAUAUCCAAAAAUUUGAGCAUUGGGGAUGGGAAACUCUAAAUGGGCGUGUACUGAAUGCAGAGAGAUCUGAUAACUUGACCACUCUUCAGUUAAAACUUCUAAUAAAUGGUUUUAGGCUAUUAAGAGUUGGGGGUUCACUGGUCUACAGCACUUGCAGUUUGACAGUUUCCCAGAAUGAAAAUGUGGUCGAGUGGUUUCUCAAAGAAAAUUCUUCUGCUGUAGACAGGGAUCGCUACGUUGAUCUUUUAUGUUUGCAGUAUAGUGAUAGUUCCAUUAUCUCACAGCAUUGCAGGAGAUAGAGGCUGCCAAAGACUGGCCAUGCAAGAGUGGACGGAUACCCAAGACCUUGCGCUUUGAUCCAGUGACAUCAAAAACUAGUGGACUUUUUGUAGCGAAGUUCACAAAACUGGCUGUUUAGUCAAGAACAUGACCUGAAAAUUCCAAUUAAUUCAAGGUUAGUAGUUUCAUGGUCAAUGAAUAUGCUGUUUCUAGUUAUACUGAGUUCUCUCUUGGUAAAUCAUUACCUUUAGCGGCACAAGGAAGAACUUUCAAUUUGUUGUGAUGCAGAAUUUAGUUUGAUGUCAUCUUUGGGAAAAUACUGGUUUUCAGGCAAAAUUCAAUUACGAAACAAAUUGGGCCAACAAAUUGCGUAGUGAAGUAUGCUAUUAAAGGCCAAAAGUGGCAACAUGUUAUUUAUUUGGUGGCGGUUCAUGCUGCUUAGUUACUUCUCCAUCAAGCAGGCAUGAGGAACCCCACAAGGCUGAACAUUCUUUGUCAAACGAGUGGACCUUCUCCAGAUUUAAAUUAGAUUGCACUGCUGAGACAAACAAAGAGUUGCACAUUGUAUAAGGUAUUGUGUUUUAUAAAUGAAUUUAAAGAUGAAUGUCGAUUUCAUCCCCUUCAAUCACUGUCUUUGUUGUUUCAUCCGAUUAGCAGGAUUUUCACAAGAACUGCCUCCUGUAAUGCCCAUCCACCGGAUUUGUAUAAUUUUCCGUUUGCCUAUUCUUUUUAAGUUCAAGAAAACAAUGUCACUUAAUUUUUUUUGAAAAAAGAAGUUUGGACAACAUCGUCUUAUGGAUUUUUUUCAUAGCAGGUUUCGUAAGAAUGUUGUUUGACUUCUCGAAUAUGUAUGAACAAUGAGCUUCUAUUUUACCUA